AUGUUCAAUACAUUUGUGGGAAUUGACCACAACGAUGCAACCAGAAAUCCUUCUGGGCGACGCCGUGCUAUCGUGGCUAAGGCUUGUGUGGAAUGCCGGCGACGAAAGACCAAGUGCAUUGGCACCCAGCCCUGCACUGGCUGUCUAGCGUGCAAUGUGGAAUGUGUAUUUCCCGAAUAUCGCCGGCGAGGCAGAAAAAGCCAGAAGGCCCUCAGCAACGCUCCGAAUAAUGGCUACGAAUCAAUCGUCAAUCUCCUUUUCCCCCACACGCCUGUACAUUCGCUCAAAGGCCUUUCGCGAUCAGAUUUGUUGGACCGUGCGAAGAUUCUUAAUAUCGAAGACGACCAUUCUCCAUUGACAAGCAAUCAAAGUUCCUCAAUCGCGUCACCAGAUAUCUUAAAACCUGUCAAGGCAAGGGCUGUACCGGACGUGGAAGCCAAUGACAGGCUAUACAAACUCCAAUACAGAGACUCCCGUCCGUUUGAAUGGGACGAAACCUCCCCAGGAUACCACCCUUCCGUGGAGGACGACGUGAACUCACUCUCGUUGUCCACGGAUCGAAGAUCCUCCUUUGUGGGAAUAUCAUCUGUUGCCGCAGCGAUAAGAGCCCUGACAAGCAUUCUACCCACCCAAUUCCUUGAUGAAAGGAGCACAGUACCAAGUUCUUUGCCGGGCUACACAGAGAAUCCGCCUCCUAUCAUAUCGUCGACUACGUCUUAUCGAGUCAUUUCCCACCGUGAUGAGCAAAGAUUGAUCGACGCAUAUUUUGCUACCAUCCAUAUAUUCGUCCCUAUCAUCCAUGAGCCCAGCUUCCGAACAAAAUACCUGACAAGCAGUGGUAGCCAGGACCGAUCCUGGCUGGCACUCCUCAACAUGGUUCUUGCUCUGGGAAGCGUUGCCACUUCACCCGGCGAUUCCGAUGAGGAUUUCGAAUACUACCAUGUAGCCCAACAAUACCUUUCACUGGAAAGCUUUGGAAACGGGCGUCUGGAAACAUUACAGGCGCUGGUGCUUAUGGGCGGGCAAUAUUUGCACUCCCGAAAUAGGCCAAAUAUCGCAUCUGCCAUAAUUGGAGCGUGCUAUCGAAUCGCAAGUGGUCUUGGUUUACAUCUGAGACUCCCCGAAGGUACCGAGGGCAAGGUAAGCCUCCAAGAAGAGGUGAAGCGACGGAAUUGGUGGGCUAUCUAUGUGCUUGACACAUGGGGCUCUACAACGCUGGGUCGGCCCUCAGUUCCGCUUGGUAGUUUGGUCGAUACCCCGAGAAACACCGAUGAUGAUCAACGCGGUGAACUUUCACCAAAUGAGCCAACGAUACAUGCCCCUUUGAUCCAUAAUAUCCAGCUAUGCCGGAUUAUCAACCGCAUCCAAGAUCGGUUACUUAUCAAUUCCCUCCUCGAUGACAGCGAAAUACAAUUUUAUGAUGACAUGUUACUCUCUUGGUUCGAAACCCUACCGCCAUUCUUGCGCUUGCCCGAUCCCAACGUGCCGGAUUUUCAGGAUGCCCGUGUUGUUCUUAAAUGGAGAUACCAAAAUAUUCGAUUCCUCUUACAUCGCCCCCUGGUUCUUGAUACUGUGAUUCGAAAAACGCCACUUCAUUGCCUCUCUACAAAUGAGCAAGCUAUCGUCUCACGAUGUCGUAACAUUGCAGCAGAAUCUAUUCUGAGUAUCCAAGAAGAAUGGCGCCCAAACAAGAUAUGCUGCUGGAAUGCGAUGUGGUUCAUGUUCCAGGCCUGUUUAGUGACAUUGAUGGCGUUGGCUAUUGAGCCCACUGAUCAUCCUGAGUACCCAAACUGGUGCAAUCAAGUACAGAUUGGGAUCGUAACUUGCGAGGAAAUGUCCAAAUUCAGCCCAGUCGGCCAAAAGACGAAAGUAUGUUUGGAGCAAAUGUUCAUGGCCGCCAUCAAGGGAUCUCCUCCGACUUUUCGGUACGAACACAUAAGCACGCAGCCUCCCUUGGAUACCAUCAUGGGAAUAUUCGCAAAUGAUUGGGACCAUUUGAAUGGAGAUGCGAUUUUCUCUCAGUUUACUACCCCGGCCAGCUCAUACAUCGACGAUCAAAUUCUUCACAUGCAAUAUCAACCACAUCGAUGA